CUGUCUCUUUCCCUUUUUAUCGCCUACUCUCUCGAUUUCUGGCUGUCUCUAUCCAAUAAUAGAUGUAAUAAAUUUUUUUAAUCCAAAAAAAAUAAUUUUCUAAUUAAGCAGCUUUUGUAGUCCUUUAUCUGAAGAGGUUAGACUUUCUCCCAGUUGUCAUUCAGUGUCACUUGUUGUAUCCAGGAGAUUUUUGUUUUGUUUUUCCCUUUUGUUGCCCUUGUUUUUUUUUUUCUUUAUUGUUGUCAUAGUUAUUAUUGUUGUGAUUGUUGGAUAGGGCAGAGAGAAAUGGAGAGAAGAGGGGAAAACAGAGGGGGGAGAGAAAGAUAGACACCUGCAGACCUGCUUCACCGCCUGUGAAGCGACUCCCCUGCAGGUGGGGAGCCGGGGGAUAGAACCAGAAUCUCACAGUAAGUACAAUAGUUUGUACAUGCAUAACAUUCCCCAGUUUCCCUACAACCCCCAAGAACCGGAAUCUUUAAUGGUGGUUCUUGCGCUUCGUGCCACGUGCACUUAACCUGCUGCGCUACUGCCCAACCCCCUCCAGUAGGCUUUUUUUUAAAAAGGUUAUUUAUUUAUUCGUGAAGAAUUAUAGGAGGAGAGAGAGAGAAUUCAGGACCUCAUCCUUAAGAGUCCAGUGCUUUAUCCACUGUGCUACCUCCCAGACCAUCAAUAAACUUUUAAAAAAUGUUUAUUUAUUCCCUUUUGUUGCCCUUUUUUUUUGUUGUAGUUGUUGUUAUUGAUGUUGUCGUUUCUGGAUAGGACAGAGAGAAAUGGAGAGAGGAGGGGAAGAUAGACACCUGCAGACCUGCUUCACUGCUUGUGAAGCAACCCCCCUGCAGGUGGGGAGCCAGGGAAUCAAACCAGGUUCCUUAUGCAGGUCCUUGUGCUUUGCACCACCUGUGCUUAACCCACUGUGCUACCUACCGCCUGACUCCCAAUAAACUUUUUUUUUUAAAAAAGAUUUUAUUUAUUUAUUAAUGAGAAAGAUAGGAGAGAGAAAGAGAGAAAGAGCCAAACAUCAGUCUGGCAUAUGUGCUGCUGGGGAUUGCACUCAGGACCUCGUGCUUGAGUCUAGUGUCUUAGCCACUGCGCCACCUCCCAGACCACAUAAACUUUUUUUUAGGCUAGUAUUUUGAGGUUCGUACUUUGUGUCAGAUAUAGUUCUAAGUUUUGUUUGUUUUUUUUUUACCUUUAUUUUAUUUAUUGGAUAGAGACUGCCAGAAAUUAAAUGUGAAGAGGGAGAUAGUGAGAGAGACAGAUACCUGCAACCCUGCUCCACCACUCUUGGAACUUUCCCCCUACAGCAACAUCCUUCCAUUACAUGUGAAAAAACCUUAAUGAAAACUGCCUGGCAUCUUCCUGAGCAAGACUUUGAAAAAGGCACAAUAUGUUUCAUUUCCUCCAGAAGUUUUCUCAAGCAUCUUCAAAGAUACUGACUUCUCCUUUCACAGUCAAACUGAAAACAAGCAAAAGAAUAAACACACUUACUCUCAAGACAUGUCGUCAGCGGAACUUUUACCCUUUGUUUCCAAGACCUUGGCUUUUCUCAUCAUAUCCAGUAUGUAUGAACCCUGCACGGUACUAUCAUACUUCUCCAUCCAGCUUUAAGAAGAAGCAGAAGGAAGUAUUACUUCCACCCAAGUCACCAAGCACCAUCACUUAUCUACCUGACAGCCCAAAGCCAGCAUUAUAUGUAACUCUGGCAGGAUUAAUUCCUUUUGUUGCUCCACCUCUGGUCAUGGUGAUGACAAAGAGUUAUAUUCCUUUGUUAGCCUUUGUUCAGAUGGCUUAUGGAGCUAGUUUCCUUUCUUUCUUGGGAGGAAUCAGAUGGGGCUUUGCUUUGCCACAAGGUAGUCCAGCCAAACCAGACUACCUUAAUUUAGCAAAUAGUAUAGCUCCUGUUAUAUUUUCAUGGUUUGCCUUCCUUGCUUCUGAAAAAAUCAGUGAAGCUAUAGUCACAGUAUUAAUAGGUCUGGGGAUUACAUUACACGUUGAACUUUUUCUCUUGCCACAUUAUCCCAAUUGGUUCAAAGCCCUGAGGAUAGUGGUCACUUUGGUAGCUUUUUUUUCAUAUAUAGUCACUUUAGUGGUUAAAAAUUAUUAUCCAGAGAAUGGACCCAAGAGAACUAGUCAAGUAGAAUAAACACAAAACUACUUUGUAAAUUAUGUUAGCAUAUGUAGUCUCAUAAGAUUGUAUUUCAGCAUCACCUCAUAUUUUCUUUUUUUUUUUUCAUCUAAUAAUGGUAGUUUAUCUUCCACAUUUUUUUUUUCUAGUUCAUGGGAAUUAAAUAUCAAGCAACAGCUUAAAAAUCAUGGCCCUCCUUCUGUACCACAUAGAGAAUUUUAGUAUAUAUUCCCAGAGGGAUAAAGAAUAGAGAAGUUUCCAGUGGGGGACAUGGAACAUGGAACUCUGGUGGUCAGAACUAUAUGGAAUUAUCCCUGUUAUCUUACAAUCUUGAUCACUAAUAAAAAGUUUUUUUAAAAAAUCAUA